AUAACACUCCUGAAACGUACCGCUAAUAAAAUGUCUUUAACAACACAUACACAAACUGACAACCGAAAAUGACUUGUUUGUAUUAAAUAGUUGAUAUGUUAACAACGUUAUGCUACGAGUUACCUGCCCACGAUGCUACGUCACUAUGCCCAGCAGCUGAAUCCCCUCCGCUAUUUGACUGCAGCCAACCUCAUCUCAAGGAUAGCUCCACAGACCCAGAGCAUCACGCUCUCCACGGACUGCGGCAGUGAUGAGGUGAGCAAGGCACAGGCUGCAGCCAAGUAUACCGGACAGCCAACCAUCUUCUCCAAGAUCCUGGACAAGACUAUACCGGCCGACAUACUGUAUGAAGAUGACCAGUGUAUGGCGUUUGCUGAUGUCAACCCACAAGCUCCUGUCCAUUUCCUGGUGAUUCCUCGGAAACCUAUAACCAUGCUGAGUGAGGCAGUUGACGAGGAUGAGAAGCUGUUGGGCCAUCUGAUGGUUGUGGCUAAGAAAGUAGCAAAGAAACAGAAGCUCGAUGAAGGCUACAGACUGGUGAUCAACAAUGGCAAGCAUGGAGCGCAAUCCGUCUAUCAUCUUCACAUUCACAUCAUAGGGGGACGACAGAUGUCAUGGCCACCUGGGUAGAGGACCGUGAUAGAUAGGAUAUUGGGGUCCGGUGGGUCAAAAAUGUUUUUUUAUUUCAGGCUCAACACAAUCUUAGGACUCUAAUAAAUAUAUUCUCAUUUAAUUGUCGAUGGUACCGCUCAUAAUCUUUGUGCACUUUAAUGUUGCUUUGAGGUGCUUAGGGAUUUAACGAAUAUUUCCGGUGGUAGCCAAUCUCAGAUUUGAAGCACUCCUAAAAUGUCCAAAAACCAGUCGGCAUCACUGUCAGCAAUGACGACCCAAGGACACUUUACAAGCAAUUGCUAAGGAUCCGCUGGCCAAAAAAUUCAUAAAAGGGAAAUAAAAUUAAAGUUAUGGAAGCUAUUUUGAUUCUGUUAUAUAAUAUCAGUAAUGAAGAAAACAUUUCAAAAUAUAUGAAUAUAGUAGAAGAAACCCUAUUACUUUCCCUUCUUUUAUUUCAUCCACCAACAGUUUUGUGUGAGAUCACUUAUAAGUUUUAUGUUUUUUGUUCUUGUUUCAAUUUUUGAUAACCAACCCUGCAGGUUUUUAAACAAGACAUGUAAAUCAAGAGACUUGAAACAAGUGACCUUACUAUAUGUGCCUUUAUUUAUCAGACCCAAGCUGAUAUAGUUUUGAAUAGUUUCAUGUGUAUUGAGCAGUGGGUGAACUAAGUUCUAUGGUUGGGUAUCCCUGGAUUCCAAAGCUCCAAACAAGGUUGAUCACGGUGCAUGCAAUGUUUGAAGUUUUGUGGCUUCAUAUGUGUAGCUGUGUAAUCAGAGGGUGUAUGCUUGUGGCCAAAGUAGCGCUACACUAGAGGCAGCAUGUCUCUGUGAUUGUAAUAACUGUAUAUCCCAUAUAUCCUCCAAGUGAUGUAAGAAUGGCAUUUGUACAGAAAAUUAACCCUUUAUACACAGAAAAUAACCCUUCAUAAUGUGUCUGAUGUACAGUUUGUGUGUAUGGGACAUGUACAGUGUGGGACUACAGGUAGUCACUUGUGUCGCUCACUUGAGUAUCUGAUCUAUGAGUGAGUGAGUUGGGUUUAAUGCGGCUUUUAACAGUAUUCCAGUUAUAUCACAGGGUGUCAGCUUAAUGUUGGAGGAAAGCCUGAAGUGAUGCAGGUCUUAGAUGUUUACCACUUUGGUGAAACCCACGAGCCAAGGUAUGGUGCUGACAAACCUAGAAACAUAAUCGGGGAGAACCGGGAUUCGAACCCACAAUCAUAGGUUUCUGGCGUGCCCAAGGGACAUCUGAUCUAUGGGUGACUGAGAAGUACAAAUACAUGGUAGGGAUUCAGCCAUUUUUCUAUUUUCUUUCCUUGAUACGUACUGUGAAGCAUUACAAAAUAAUCAAUUGUUUGUAGUAAUGUACCUGAAAACAUAGACUCAAGCAUUGUCUCCGUAAUAAUCUGUGUGCAUUAAGACUGUUGCUGUUAGGUGCAUGGGGAUAUAACGAACCAGUAUAAGGAUAUGUAAAUUUGAAAUUGCGUUUUUGAUGUUUCCCGUAUUUGUUUACAUUUUACAAGUUAUUUAGAAGAGUUAUGCAGUCAGAUAUAUUUCGUGAACGAUUGAUUAUUGAUGAUAGUUGUAUUAAUUUAAUGAAAUUCUGAUACUUUAUAAUAGUUGUUUUGUGAGAACAAUGUUAUGAGUUUGCGAAACAAAAAUAUCCAUGUUUUGUGAAGGAAACUUCAUCAUUUGUUCUAUACAUGUAUAUUGAUAAGUUUAAGGAUAUUUUUAACAGUAUUGUGAACAGGCGACCUAGCUGACAUUGGCACGACUCAAGUAUUUACGAUGUACAUGGCUGGCACGAUGCCUGGAGAUGAAACAUCCCCAUCUCUAGAAUAUAACUGUUAUUUGUCUCUGACAGGGGCAGCACGGCUUGCCCACCAGUGACCAAGAGCUUCCCAAAAGGAAGGACAGUGGGGUAGCCUAUUGGUUAAAGCGUUCGCUCGUCACGCCGAAGACCCGGGUUCGAUUCCCCUGGGUACAAUGUUUGAAGCCCAUUUCAGUUGUUCCCCGCCGUGAUAGUGCUGUAAUAUUACUAAAAGCGGCGUAAAAUGCAAUUCACUCACUUCCCAAAAGUGAUUAAUGUCCUUUCAGGCUUUUGACCAUCAUUAAGCUCACAUGCCAUGCUAUAACUAAAAUACUGCAUGUGAACCCCACUCUUCGGCAUGUCCAGCCAGCGCUUUACUGCGAGGCUAUCAACGCUGUGCCUAUUGUAAGGUUAUCGUGAGAUAAGAAUAUGAUCAUUGAAGAGUUGUCAAAGUAUUUUUCUGACAUUUAUAUUUGACAUCAGGAAACUGUUGUCCGGACAAGUUUGUGUUAACAUGUACAUUACCAUUAAAGAGAUGUGUUUUAUCGAU